UGUCAAGAAGGAUAUUACUGCUCUCAUGGAAACACCUCUCCACAACCCCUGUCACGGGCUGCAGAAGAGGGAGGGCCAUGUCCUGCCGGUCAUUACUGCCCCCAAGCCGCCAUAAAUCCUCUGCCCUGUCCACGUGGAACAUUCUCUGAUCUCACCAAAUUAGCCUCCCAGGAGGAUUGCCAGCCAUGUCUCCCUGGUUACUAUUGCGAUGCUGCAGGGAUUUCGGUCCCUUCAGGGGAAUGCUGGGAAGGUUUCUUCUGUCUGGGGGGUGCAGAUCGCCCUGACCCUCCUCUGAUAGACAGCCGGGGAGGACCGUGCCCAAAAGGAUAUUACUGCUCUGAGGGCUCUGUGGCUCCUCAGCAGUGCCCGCUGGGAACCAUCAGUACGGAGGACAGCGGAGCCGGCUGUGGUGCCUGUCCCCAGGGUUUUUACUGUCCUGGCAAUAACGGCUCUCUGUCGAGGACUUAUGAGUGUCCAGUGGGUCAUUACUGCUUGUCCGGGACCUGGUCCAAACACCAGUACCCGUGUCCAGCUGGCUCCAUUAACCCCCACACUCGGAUGGCACAACCCCAGGACUGCUUGCCCUGCCCUCCAGGCUCCUUCUGUUUGUCUCCUGGGAAGAGUGUUGCAACAGGCCAAUGCGAAGCAGGGUACUACUGCCUCUCUGGGGCCUGGUCACCCACACCAGAGGAUGGAGAAACGACAGGGGACAGAUGUCCUGAAGGUCAUUACUGUCCCCAGGGCUCCUCAGCACCAGUGCCCUGUCCUAUAGGAAGCUACAGCAACACAACCAGAAACCGUUAUCUCUCCGACUGUCUGACUUGUCCUCCAGGUUUCCUGUGUGUCACCAGAGGGCUCUCUUUCCCUUCUCAUAUCUGUCCAGCGGGCUAUUACUGCCCAGGCAAAGUUAACAGCAGCCAGCAGGCCGCUAUACCCUGCUCACCUGGAAAUAUGUGCCCACCUGGAUCUGGUAGACAGGUGCCUUGCUUACCAGGAACCUACCAGGAUUUACCCGGUCAGGGAGAGUGUUUUCAAUGUCCGGCAGGAUUUUACUGUGCUGGAUCAGUGGAUAGUGGCACUGUGCAUGUUUCUGGCACUCACUCUCCCACGUUGUGCCCAAAAGGACACUAUUGCCCACCAGGAACACAGUCUGGUGUAGCAUUCCCAUGCCCAGCUGGUGCCUUCAGCAGGCAGAUGGGUUUGUCCAAUAAGUCGGGCUGUGCGCUCUGCCCUCCAGGGAGAUAUUGCAGUUCCUCUGGACUGGCUGCUCCCACUGGGGUCUGCUCUCCUGGUUACCUCUGUAUCCAUGGUUCUGUUUCUGCCCAGCCGGAGGAGGGCCCAACAGGAGGCCGCUGCUCUCCAGGGUCCUAUUGCCCCCAGGGUACCAGCUUGAUGGUUCCCUGCCCUGCAAGCUCCUUCAGCUCCGUAGACGGGGCAGUUUCUAUAGAAGUAUGUCAGCCCUGUUUGCCUGGCCAUUACUGCGCUGAGGUUGGCCUUUCCUCCCCAUCUGGGCUGUGCAAGCCAGGCUUUUACUGCAGGGAGGGAUCCAGAACAGCCACACCUUGGGGUAACUAUACAGUUACAGGAGAAACCACAACAACAUCCCCACAUUCUGGCAAUUCAACCAUGGGUCAGUUCCAUGGUGGUGUGUGUCCUGCAGGCCACUACUGUCCUAAAGGGAGUGCAAAGCCAAGCCCCUGUCCUCCAGGCACUUUCUUGGGAAGGUCUGCGGCUGAGUCUGAGGCCGACUGUGCAGCUUGUUACCCGGGGUCUUACUGCCCCUCAUGGGCUCAGACAUCUGCCGACCUCCUCUGUCCCCCGGGGUGGUUCUGCCCGCCAGGAUCAGUGUCCGGACAUCAGCCAGGCCAUCGCUGCCCACCUGGCCAUGAGUGUCCACUCGGUAGUGCUGAGCUGGACAUAUGUAGCCCUGGCACAUUUCAAUCUGUAUCUGGACAACACACUUGUAACAGCUGCCCACCAGGAUUCUACUGUAUGGAGGGUUCAGUUGUGCCAUCUCCAUGUCCGAUGGGCAGUGUGAGUGCAUCAGCUGGCAGGACGUCCCUGGCUGACUGCCCCCCCUGCCCCUCUGGCUCCUUCUGUAACAGCAGUGGCCUGACAGAGCCGUCUGGACCCUGCAGCCCAGGACAUGUUUGUUCCCUGGGGUCCACUGAGCCUUCCCCUGUCUCACAGUCUUAUGGAGAUGUUUGUCCCAUGGGGCACAUCUGUCCACAAGGUAGCGGGUUACCAAUACCCUGUCCCGCGGGCAGCUUCCUCCCAGACCCUGGAGCUUACUCCCCCACUCAGUGCCGCCGUUGCCCCCCAGGGAAAUACUGCGUCACUCCUGGAAGCUCACAGCCCACAGGUCUGUGCUUUGCAGGUUUUUUCUGCUCUGGAGAUACAAAGAGCCCCACACCUCGAGCAAACUCCGCUACAUUGAGCUGUCUUUGUGAAAUACUGGAGGAUUAUAAACCGAAGACAGACGCCGCCCUCUGGAUUCACAAUCUGUCUUGCUUCAAUAACUCCCGGAACUCUGGAAGCAAAGCUGGCUGGAUUGAAGUGGUAACGCCACCUCAGGCAGAUUCAGACAGCAUUCUGAGUGACUCACCGCCAUGUCUCAAGAGUCCACAUUAUGCCUGCUCCACCUACAGAGGAGACAUAUGCCCUAAGGGCUUCUAUUGUCCUUUGGGCUCUGCAUUCCCCCUACCCUGUGAGGCUGGCUCUUACUGUAACAAGACUGGUCUGGAUGUCCCGACAGGGCCCUGUGCAGCAGGAUAUUACUGUCCCAAAGGCUCUUUAAACCCCCAUGCCUCCCUUUGUCCCCCGGGACACUACUGCCCCCCUGGAACUCUUCUUCCUCUGCCUUGUCCUGUUGGAACCAUACAAAGCUCCUUGGGUGGGUCUACAGUGGAGGCUUGCCAGCAGUGUCCUCAAGGUCACUACUGCCACCAGAGAGGAAAAACUGAGCCAAGUGGCUGGUGUGCAGAAGGCUACUACUGUCCUGAGGGGCAGAACGCUGAGAGACCACAACAAAAUGUCUGCUCAGUGGGACAUUAUUGUGAGAAGGGCAGUGUCAAACCGACUGCUUGCCUUCCAGGCAGCUACCAGCUGAGACAAGGCCAGGGCUCGUGCGAGACAUGUCCUGCUGGUUCCCAUUGUCCAGAUCAAGGAAUGAACAUUCCAAUGCCAUGUGAGAGAGGAUUUUAUUGUCCCAGUGGAUCAGCCAAUCAACAUCCCUGUCCAGCAGGAACCUAUGGAAACAAGUCAGGAAUGGUUGAGGAAUGGCAGUGCUCACUUUGUGACCCUGGGGUGUACUGCAAAGGAACAGGGAGGACUUUCCCCAGUGGGCCGUGCACUGCAGGGUUUGUUUGUGUUGGUGGAGCUUCUGAACCUUCACCACGGGACAAUCUAACUGGAUUCCCAUGCCCUCCUGGCUUCUUCUGCUUUGUGAGGACUUCAGUACCAAAACCAUGCCCCAAAGGAACAUUCAGUAAGCAGAGCGGGCUUGUGGAUGAGUCUCAGUGUCGUAGCUGCAGUCCUGGCUUUUACUGUUCAGAGACAGGCCUCUCUGCAGUCUCUGGAGCCUGCCUGCCAGGUUUCUACUGUCUCGAGGGGUCCCAUACUGCCACUCCAAUGUCAAGUGUAUCUGGUGGUGUUUGUCCAGCAGGCCACUAUUGUGCCGAGGGCAGCAUUGUGCCCUCACCCUGCCCAGCUGGCUCUAACCAAAAUGAGACCGGAGGAAAAGGCAAAGAUUACUGCAAAACAUGCCCGCUUGGCUCGUUCCAGGAUUUCGCCGGCCAGAAAGAGUGUAAUCCCUGUCCUCCUGGGUUCCAUUGCCAGUCCCCGAGUCCCAGCGCCACAAGGGGGAGCUCCACUGGGGUCUCCAGCCCUCUGCCCUGCCCAGCCGGCUAUAUCUGCCCCAGGGAGAGUCAGCCUGUCCCCUGCCCAAAAGGCACCUACAGCCCCAGCCACGGUCUCACUUCCACAGGCGAAUGCCUAGUGUGUCCAGCGGGUCAGUUUUGUGGAUCAGAAGGUUUGAUUCAACCUUCAGGAUUGUGUGCUUCUGGGUUCCUCUGCCUUAUGGGCGCCACCGUGCCCAACCCGACUGACAAUAAAACUGGAUCUCUCUGUCCACCCGGGACUUUCUGCCAACAGGGGCUGAGAGCAGGUGAUUGCUGGCCAGGGUUUUAUUGUGACCGGGGUUCUAGCAGAGCAGAUAACGCUUUCUGCCCGGCUGGUUUCUUCUGCCCCAGUCGAACACCAGUCCCUAUACCUUGUCCUGCAGGGACCUUCAGCUCUGAAAUUGGCAACACGCAUCAAAACAACUGCACCGCCUGUACCCCUGGGUAUUACUGUCAAGAUGCAGGUUCUGUACAGCCUGCUCUGUGUCCAGUCGGAUAUUACUGUCCUCCGGGCCUGACUCUAGGACUGGAGUUCCCGUGCCCAUCUGGGACUGUGCAGAGCCAGAUCGGAGCCUCCAGCCCGGAUGCCUGCCUGCCCUGCCCUGCUGGAAUGUUCUGCUCUCAACCUGGACUGUCGCUGCCAACAGGACUCUGUGAGGGAGGGUACUUCUGUCCCGGGGAAUCAACCAGCCCUUACUCCACUGAGUAUCAGGGGAACUCUACCAGAACCCACAUCUGUCCUUCUGGACACUACUGCCCCUCUGGAACUGGCUUUCCGCUCCCCUGCCCCACAGGCUCACUUUCCAUCUUCAGAGGACUGAAGGCAGUUGAUGGAUGCCCACCCUGCCCCCCUGGACUGUUUUGUGACAGGCCUGCAAUAGCAGGGCUCUCAAAUGCUCGUCCAUGCAGUGCUGGGUAA